GGGUGACAGGAAUAAAACAACGAAAUAUACCAUUCAAGUGGUGGCUGGGCCUCAUCCAGCCACUUAUUAGAAAAAAUCUAACUCAUCCAGAGAAUCAAAUCCAAGGUUUACAUAAUACACUCUCUCCUCCAUCCCUCCAAGAACUCUGAAGAAGAAGAGCUCCGAAAAAUGGACAUGAAGAGGGUGGUGGGCAUUGUCGGCGCCGGCGUGAGUGGCCUGGCAGCCUGCAAGCACGCCAUCGACAGGGGGUUUAGCCCGGUGGUGUUCGAGACCGAUGAAACCAUCGGCGGAGUGUGGGCGCAUACCUUGGAGUCGACGAAGCUCCAGGCGCCCACGACGUCAUUCCGGUUCUCGGACAUGGCGUGGCCGGCGAGCGUGACGGCGACGUACCCGGGCCACCGUGAGGUCAUGGAGUACCUCAGGUCGUACGUGUGCGAGUUUGACCUCCUCAAGUGUAUCAGGUUCAGUAGCCAGGUUCUCGGGGUUGAAUACCUUGGUGUGGCGGAGGAGGAGAUCAUGGGGUGGGAGCAGUGGUCUGGUGGAGGGAAGGCGUUCGGAGCUGAGAAGGGUGGACGGUGGUGCCUCACUAUCAAGGACUUGAAAACCGGUAACAUCGAGGUUUUUCAAGUGGAUUUUCUCAUCCUCUGCAUCGGAAGGCACAGUGGGGCACCAAAUAUCCCAGAAUUUCCAGCAAACAAAGGGCCCGAGUUGUUCAAGGGGAAAAUAUUGCACUCAAUGGACUACUCUUACAUGGAUAAUGUGUCUGAAUUUGUCAAAGGGAAGAGUGUGACGGUAAUUGGGUCUGGAAAAUCAGCAUUCGACAUUGCUGCAGAGGUUGCCAAGGUGAAUGGUACAGCUCUGCCAUGCACCAUGAUAUAUCGAACGAAGCACUGGCGGGUUCACAAAUUUAGCAUAUGGGGAUUUCAACUAAGUUACUUCUAUCUUAACCGCAUCUCCCAACUUCUACUUCAUAAACCUGGUGAAGGAUUUCUGCAUUAUAUUUUGGCAAGUGCACUCUCUCCCUUGAGAUGGGCAAUUACAAAACUAAUUGAAGCAUACUUCAAGCGCAGCAUUCCUCUACAGAAACAUGGGAUGGUACCUGACUACAGCUUCUCCUUCGCUAUGUCAUCUUGCUUGAUUGCAAUGUUACCAGAAGGGUUCUAUGACAGGGUUGAUGAGGGCAGUAUUGUUCUCAAGAAUUCCAAGAGAUUCAGCUUCUGUAACGAUGGGAUCAUCUUGGAGGAUGCAAAUGAAUGCAUAAAGAGUGACAUUGUAAUUCUAGCUACAGGAUUCAGAGGAGACCAGAAGCUUAGGGACAUCUUCACAGCAAACUGGUGUAGAAAUAUAGUGGCAGGAUCAUCAGAUACAUCAGUUCCUCUAUACAGAGAAUGCAUCCAUCCUCGAAUCCCUCAGUUGGCGAUAGUUGGAUACUCAGAGAGCCUCUCCGACAUAUAUGCCUCAGAAAGGAUGGCCAAUUGGAUAACCCACUUCAUGGCUGGUGGCUUCCAGUUGCCAAGCAUAAGAUGCAUGGAAGAGAGCGUAGCAGAGUGGGCAAAGUACAAGAGUCUUUACAACGGGAAGUAUUUACGCAGAUCGUGUAUAAGCACCGUGAACAUCUGGUUUAACGAUUUGUUGUGCAAAGAUAUGGGAUGCAACCCUAGAAGGAAGAAAGGGUUCCUGGCUGAAUGGUUCCAGCCAUAUGGACCCGCUGAUUAUGCAAACCUUUCCUUAAGACAAUAGCAAAUUUGUCACUAGUGUAUUCAUAGAAAAAGAAGAAGGUGCAAGAUUUGGUACCUUGAGGGCUCUACAAAUGAUUUUAGCAAGUCUUUGGUUUUCCGAGAAUAAUUCUACAAUUUUCUGCAUAAAUUUAAUUAAAGCAUCUCCUAAGAUGAUUUUUGCUCUUUCAGAGUUGUUAGGGCCAAGGGGAGGCAUAGUUGCUUUCUCUAGUUAUUUUUCUUUUCCUUUUUGAGCUCUUUGACUCUUAUAAAAUGCAAAUUUAUUUCUUUUAUUAUAAUAUAUAUAUUCUCGGAUAGGGUCUUC